AUGUGUUCAGUGCCAUUAAUCAAACAACAAAUCGAGAAUUUGUUGAAGUUUUUGGAACCGUUUUUGGGGUUUGCGAAUUGCCACAUGGUCGAUUUUUUCACGAAUUCGUGCUAUAAGAACUUUGUUCCUUCAGAUAUUCAGCGGGAAAUUAACGAAAUUGGAGAGGCAAAUCUUGUCAAUUUGUUGUUCAGGGACGAGUUAGAUGGGGCGCCAAGUUUGAAAACUUUCAGCGAAAAUAGCGUAAAAUUCACGUUAAAAAACACUGAGGUGUGUUUAGGAGUUGACACUUUGAUAACUGCAUUACAGGAUUGGGGCUGCGAUAACUUUGAUAAAUUUAAACUGGAGAUGUUCAUGACUGCAAAAAAGUCUCAUGAAGUUGAAGUUUUAAGCGCUGUGGCUGCAUCAAUCUCGGAGGUGUCUAAAACCUCGCACGUUGUUGAUCUCGGGGAUGGCAAAGGCUAUCUCAGUUCGAUGCUAGCCCUUCAUAAUAAAAUCGCGGUUUUAGGGGUUGACGCGUCCAAUAUUAACACGUGUGGGGCGAUAAAACGCGUCAAUAAAUUAUCGAAGGUGUGGAAUAACAUUCCAAAUGCACCACACAAGUCAUAUCCAAAGAAAAACCAAAAUAGCGAAACCAUGAAUGUCAAUCUGUACAAACAAGUAACCCAAUUUGUUGACGAAGAUUUCGAUUUAGAGAGUUUGAUAGUCGAGAAUUUUGAAACGACUCCACUUCCGCUCCAGUUAGGCUUAGUUGGUCUGCACACGUGCGGCAAUUUAGCCCCCAAUUCCUUAAAAAUCUUCGUCAAAAACAACGACGUCAAGACCGUUUGUAACGUGGGUUGUUGCUAUCACUUGAUAACGGAGCGGUUCGAUGAAAGCAACGACUGUGAUCGAGAUAUCGGGUUUCCUAUGAGCGAUUUCCUUACAAAGAAGCGAUUAUCAAUCGGGAGAAGCGCUAGAAUGAUUGCUAAUCAAUCGGUCGAGCGUAUUCUACAAUCGAAAGAAUUACCCAACAUUACUAUAUUUUAUCGCGCUUUGUUGCAAGUCAUUCUCGAACGGUUUUGUCGCGAACUACCCACAAAACACGUGGGGAGGUUUAAAAAACUACCUGAAAGUUUUCACGACUACGUCAGAAUAGCGCUGAAACGGAUCGAAGUGGAUAUUAAUAUCACGGACGAGCAAAUCCAGGAGUUUUAUUUAUCGUACGAAAAACGUCUGAACGAAGUGAAUCUUUUUUAUUUAUUGCGCUGUAAAUUGUCUCCGGUUAUUGAAAGUUUGAUUUUGCUCGACCGGUUGCUGUAUUUGAAGGAACGAGGGUUCGAGGAGGCGUUUUUGGUGCGGUUUUUCGACCCCGUGGUGUCGCCCAGGUGCUACGGAAUUGUGGCCUUGAAAGACGUUUUUAAUAAAUGAAAAAAGUAUAA